AUGGGUCUCUUGGAGUACAGGCAACAUAAGGCCGACUGCCAGCGCAAACAGCACGAGCGCGCGACCAAGAUCGCAAACCUCCCAGCAACCUACAGCUACCCUCUAACACCGCAAGAGCGCACGAUCCUCGGCAAACCCAUCCAAGAUCUUGUCCAAGAUGUCCAGAAGAACGUCACGAACCCCAUCGACAUCCUCCGCGCCUACGGCAAAGUCACCCUCAAAGCCCACGAGAAGACCAACUGCGCGACGGAGAUCCUCUUCCCCGAAGCCGAAGAAUGGGCAACCAAGGAGUGCAACUUGAGAGGUCCGUUGGCAGGCAUCCCCGUCUCGCUCAAAGACUCGGUGCAGGUGAAGGGCUUCGAUAUCACCGUCGGCUUCUCAACACACACCGGGAAACCGUAUGCUGAAGACGGACCUAUGGUCAGAUUAUUGAAGGAUGCCGGUGCAGUCCCCUUCGUCAAAACCAAUCUGCCCACCACCCUACUCUCUUUCGAAUCCACAAACGACGUCUGGGGCCAGUGCACGAACCCGCACAACACGGCCUACUCGCCCGGUGGCUCGACCGGCGGCGAGUCAGCUCUGCUUGCGUUUGGAGGGAGCCGCAUCGGUAUUGGGAGCGACGUGGCAGGCAGCGUCCGCGUACCCGCGCACUUCAGCGGCUGCUACUCGAUCCGGUGCAGCACAGGGCGCUGGCCAAAAAUGGGCAUGAACACCUCUAUGCCGGGCCAGGAAGCCAUCCCCUCGGUCUUCAGCCCCAUGGCACGCACACUCAACGACCUCGCGUACUUCACCCGCUCGCUGAUACAGUGCAGGCCCUGGGAGUACGACUACACGGUGCACCCGCUCGCGUGGCGGUCGUCCAUCUCAGACUCGUACCGCGACAAGAAAGUGCUGCGCGUAGGCGUUCUCCGCACCGACGGCGUCGUCGACCCGAGCCCAGCAUGCGCGCGCGCACUCUCGCUCGUCGCCGACGCCUUACGUGCCGAGGGUCACGAUGUGUUCGACGUCUCGCCCCCGUCGCCCUACGAAGCACUGAAACUCGCGAGCCACCUGCUCCUCUCCGACGGCGGAGCGACAUUCAUGUCGUUCUUCCGAAGCGGCGAGUGGAAUGACCUCGGCGCCGCCGCUAUGAUAAAAUACAUGCACUUGCCGCGGUUCGUCAAGAAGCUGCACUACUGGUGGGUCAAGUAUGUGAGAAGAGAUGAGAUCUGGGCCGGGUUGAUUAAGGACUGGCACCCCAAGAGCGCAUACGAGUACUGGCAGCUGGCUGGCAAGCGGGAAGCGUAUAAGGCAAGGUUCUACGACUGGUGGGACGAGCAAGGUAAGGACGCAGCAGCGAUGGAUGUUAUGCUUGUCCCGCCGAAUGCGACGCCGGCUGUGCCACAUGGGGGUAUGCAUGAUGCUGUUAGCAGUUGUGGGUAUACGUUUUUGUUCAAUCUUCUUGACUACUCCGCCGGCGUGAUCCCAGUCACACACGUCGACCCCGCCAAAGACGCCCUGCCCUCAACUUUCAACUUCACGAAACUGAACGGCGUCGCGCAGGGCGCGUACAAGCACUACGACGCCGCCGCAAUGUCCGGGCUUCCCGUUGGCGUACAAGUCGUAGGCCGACGGUUGCAGGAGGAGAAAGUCCUAGCCAUCAUGGAACGGUGUGAGGAUGCGCUGGAUAAGCACGGUGGGCGGUAUGAGUUGUUGGAGAUUGUCUAA